UUUAUCAUUUUAAUUUUCAUAACAAUUCAGGACUCGUGUAUCAUCACAAUUCACAAUAGAGAUCGUACCUAUUAUAAGUUGUUACUUAUUUAUUAGCCCGUUAGUGUUGUAAAUGCAUUUUAAAUUAUGGAAAGUAUUGCAUUUGUGUUGUUCAGUCAAUAUGUUUAUUGAGCCUUCUAUUUCUUUAAUUAUUGUGGCCAAGACGUCAUUUUUAUAGGGAUUUGUUAAACAUAAUAUUAUUUUCUGCAAACAAAAAUAUUAAAAGUUUAAAUUGAAUCAAAUAAUCCGUGGGUAUGUCGGUGUCAUACUAUGACUAUUAUGAUGGAAGUAAAAUAUUUCUGUCACUCGCCAAUGGAAUUGGUCUACCAAUUGACUUGGUUAAUUUUUUGAUUGCACAAAUAGCUGCACUAUGCCUGGCUCGACUUUUUCGAAAACCAUUACGAGUUGCUUCACCAGAAUUUCGUCAUUUGGUGUGCCUUGUUAUUGGUUUGAUAAUGGGCUAUUUCUGCUUUGGAAAACAAGCCGUACACCUAUCGGUGCUUCCGAUGAUGUCGUAUGUUUUAUUGAAAACAGUGCCCCAUCAUUUAACUGGAAAUAUAAUCUUGGCAUCGUCUAUCGUAUAUCUCUCGUGUAUACACAUGCAUCGACAAAUUUACCACACGGCUGACUAUUCUCUGGAUAUAACAGGUCCAUUGAUGGUAAUUACGCAACGAGUGACGUCAUUGGCUUACUCGCUUCAAGAUAAUAUAUCGAGAAAAGAGAUAAAUGCAAAUUGUAAUAAGAAGAACAAGACAUCGUUUGAUAAGAUACCAUCACCGCUCGAGUUCUUCGCGUACACGUUGGCUUUCCAAACUCUGAUGUGUGGCCCAGUUGUAUUCUAUUCUGAUUACAUCAAUUUCAUUGAAGGUGUAAGGAUGGAUGGGGUCAAAAAUGAGAAGGAACAUGAGAGCGAGCCGUCUCCACGCCGCGCCGUACUGUACAAGGUGGCCGGCUCUAUGGCCGCUGCAUUACUAUAUCUCUCUUUGGCGAAGAGGUAUCCGAUGGGUGCUUUGGAAGCCCUGAGCGACCCCUCCUCUGAAGUGUCGCGGUCUUGGUCGGCGCUGUACCUACUGUGGUACGCCUACUUGUCGACCCUGGUGGUGCGCUGCAAGUACUACCAUGCCUGGCUCCUGUCUGAAGCCAUAUGCAACAACUGCGGGAUGGGAUUCAACGGCUACGACAAUGACGGGACACCUAAAUGGGAUAAGAUGUCCAACAUUGACGUUUUUGGUUUUGAGCUCGCACAGAACUUCCGCACGGCGGUGGCCAGCUGGAACAAGAACACGAACGCGUGGCUCCGCAGCGUGGCGUACGAGCGAGGCGGAGCGGCCUGGCGUACGGCCCGUGUGUACGCACUGUCGGCGCUGUGGCACGGCUUCCACCCCGGAUACUACCUCACGUUCUUCGCGGGCGGCCUCUUCACCGUGGCCGCUAAACAGAUUCGUGGUUUUGCGCGACCAAUGUUCCUGGGCAGCAGACCGAAAAAAUUGUUCUACGAUUCCUUGUCGUUCAUCACGACGCGUGUCGCGAUGACGUACGCGACGGUGCCCUUCGUGUUGCUACAUCUGUCACCCAGCCUAGCCUUCUACGGACGUUUUUAUUAUUCACUGCAUUUAAUAGCCCUCGGGGCCAUGUUUUUGCCAACUUCACCGAAAUGCAUCAAGUACCAAGAAAACCAGGUUCCGGGUUCUUCCAAACCGAGCACUGAUAUUAAGAUAGUCGACAGCAAUGCUGAAACAAACGGCAAACCCAAAAUCUCGUAGAUUCUAUUUUUGUACGUUUAUACCUUAGAUUAAGGAUUGGUCUCCGCUGCGCUCACAACUAGAUACCGCACUACCUAAGAACAAUAGCUUUUUUAUUACGGCAACUUUUAGAUGCUUGUGUGCGUGGCAUCUUGACACUCAAUGGCAUCUUUCAAAGUUUGUCACAUACGCUUUGUAUUAUUUUACAUUGAAAUUAUAAAAAUAUAAAAUACUUACUGUUGAUAUGUGAUCCCAGUGGUCUUCCGUAUUUCUUUUUUCAGUUAUUUUUACAAAGUUUUACUGCGCAACCCGACAUUUUAGUUUCAAUUAUUAGUAAAGUUUUACAGAACAUGUGGCACGUCAACGUCACACAUUAUUCGAGACUGACUCGAGUACGCCCACUUGGGCGUAGUAUUAGUUGCCGCACUUUGCGACUACGCCCGCGGUAUCUAGUUGGAGCACAGCGGAGACCAAUCCUUGAAGUUUAUACAAUUGUUGGACACAUUUUUAUAUCUAUUGUAUAUCAUUACAAAUAACCUUUUCCCAGUGUUAGAAAUAUCAAUAAUUUAGUUUGUUGGCUCAGUUGAAAAUUAAAUAUUUUUAAGGUUUUAUUGACUGAAGCCAUCUUGGUAGCUAUGUUCGUACAAUGUAAGUAAUUUUAGUUACACAUAAGUAUAAGAUUAAGUUUGCAUUUUAUUUAUAUUUAAAUGAAAUAACUCACGGACUAGUAAAAAAAUAAGGACUCCGUGUCACCUUACAUAAAGUGUAGCACCAAAACAAGCGGAUUAACGUGAAAAUACAUAGCCCCACGCACACACUUACACUAGUACAGGCUGAUGGACGGCCAUUAUAAGAAUUGUCAUCGUCUGUGACAGAUCAGUUUGCUUCUCAAUAAAAUAUAUUAAAAAUGACGUUGUGCGUUGUGAAAAAGUGUAAAAACGAUAGUAUAUAAGUAUUUGUGGCUAUAUAAUAUGAUUAUCGGAGAAAAAAUUGUGUAACUAGUAUCCCCCGUAACCGCACACACACUAGCAUAACGGUGCUUCACUUGCUAAUAAUAUCACGGCACGGAAUCCUUCUUUUUUCACUCGUCCGUGGAAAUAACUGUUGUUGUUGCAACAAAUCACCUGUAAAACUAAUCUCCGUACCUGCACUUCGACUAUGAAUAAAUUAAAAUUAUAAGAAGCCAUACGACACUUCCAUUAGGUUAGAAGAGAUUACAUAUUUAUACAAUUUAAUUUAUUAUCAUAGAUUAAGGAUUGAUCUCCGCUGUGCUCCAACUAGAUACCGCUCUACCUAAAACAAAAGGUUUUUUAUUACGACAACUAUUAUAUGCUUGUGUGCGUGGCAUCUUGACACUCAAUGGCAUCUUUCAAAUUUUGUAAAAUACGCUUCGUGUUGAAUACAUGGAAGUUAAUGAAAUACAACAUACUUACUGAUAAUGAUAUGUGAUUCCAGUGUCUUUCUUAUUUCUUGUAGUAUUCUUUUUACAAAGUUUUACUAUGCCACCCGGCAUUUAAGUUUCAAUUAUUAGCAAAGUUUAACAGAACAUGCGGCACAUAUUAACGUCACACAUUUUUCGAGACUGGCACGAGUACGCCCGCUUGGGCCUAGUUUUAGUUGUCGUAGUUUUCGACUACGCAUGCGAUAUCUAGUUGGAGCGCAGCAGAGACCAAUCCUUAAUCUAAGUUUAUUAUAUAUGAAGGAAAUUACUUUAAAGCUAUAGUGUUAAACUUAAGAACUAUAAAUAUAUUUUUGAAAUGAAAACUUUAUUGGUUGGUGUUGAAUGAUAUUGAGACGUCACGCUCGUUCAGGUAAAAUCAACUUCCUAUUUCAACAUGUUAAUGAUCGCAAUUUGAAGUUUAUUGAGUGAUGCCUUAGACCAGGGGUGCUCAAGCUUGAACUGCUGGCGAUCUACCUCAAAAUUGUUAGACUACGAUCGAUCGGCUCUGAGAGGCUUCAAGUAUGUGUGAUGAAGGAUUGUCGUCUAGGUAGAGUGUCACGAUGACAUAGAUAUUAGUUUUGCGCAAAAUAUGCAUUUUUUUAGUCAUGUUAGUUGUUAAAAAACAAACGCGUUCUAAAGUUCUAAGCUUAACUAAAUAGUGACCUUGGAUGUUGAAGCGUGACACUGCAUGUCCUGAGUAUACUUUUCAUAAUAUAAGAUAAGUACGUAAUUACCGAUUUUAGUUUAUUAUACCGGAUUUUUUUCUCGAGAUCGACUCAAAAAGCACUCGCGAUCGACCGUUUGAGCACCCCUGCCUUAGAUCAUUUAUUUGUAUAGAUACGACUGUGCAGCUGUGAAAACGUCAAAAAAAUGAGGUUGACAAUUUACCGCUGUUUGAGCAAUGCACGCACACUAACACAAAGUCUAUAUAUCACCUAAGCUCCUGUGCACCUACAAGAGACAGCUAUACAUAGGGAUGAAAUAUAGGCUAUCUCUCUCUUACUCUUAAUAGAUCCUUGUAAAAUUCAAUUUAUGGCAGAACAUCAUAUUAUGGGCUCAUAUCAUUUUGGGGGUUAAGUCACCAUUUGUCAGGUUGUAAGUAAAUAUGAUAAUCCGAGCCCUCACUUAAUCUCCACUAUAGUCACAACUUCCUUGAUGAGAAGAGUUGUGAAAACUAAUCUCUUGUUUAUUUUUGUAGAUGUAUAGAGCUCAUAUAUAGAACGUUUCUUUCAUCACAACCCCCUUUUGAAGUGUUGUGCUCUGACGUCACCCAAUAUGGUGGCAUGUCCUACUCUCAACGCGUACCUAUAUUAUUUCUGAACACAUGUUGUUAGACUACAAUAAUACAGCUGACUGUAUGAGGCAAUAAUUAUAUUUUGUUUAUUUAAAUGUUUAAGUUAGCAUGUAAAUGUAAUGACAUAAUGUAUCCAGUAUUAUAAAUGCGAGUAUUUUUUUUAUUUUUAUAUGUAGGUACCUAUUUCGAUACCUCAUCUAGGCAUCAGCGAUGCCUACUGUAAGUUUUACUAAAAUUAACAUUAUUUACACUUAAAAUAUACGAAUAUUAUAGGUUCCUACUUUUUUUUUAUUCAAUUAAAAACUCGUCUGUUAAAUUCAGCUAUUCCUACUUAAAUAUAAUUAUAUUAAAAUAUUGAUUUUGGUAAAAACUCAUUCACAUAAUUUAAUAUAUUUAAUUAUUAAAUUGUCUAUUCUGUUUAUAAAAAAAAUAUAAAACUAUCAUAGUUUUAUACAUGGAAGACAAAAUGAGAGAAGUCUAUAAUUUGUACCUAAAUACAAAGAGUUCUACCUAUUUAUUUGUUUAUGUUAAUUAAUAUUUAAUAGGAAUAUAUCAUAACCAUUGUAUAAGUAUUAUAUAAAAAUCUAUAAUUUCAUCACAAUCCAAUUUAGAAUAGAAAAAUUAGUUAUACGCACGAGCUGCCAGCCACGGUGGCCUAUGGACUUAUCUCGGUUUAUUAAAUAAAUUAUUUAAAAACGAAACGCACAUUUUUCGAUUAAUAUUGAGACUGUAUGAUGUUAAACCUGUGCCUGCCCGGACAACACAACUUUUAAAAAUAACCCUGGAAUGAUUAUAUUUAUAUCCAUAUUUAGAUGUUCACAGAUUCUAUAUACAGACCAAACUAUAUUAUAAUAUUUAUAUACAAUUGAAUAAAACUUUUUAUAUCAUGAUUCAUUUCACUUUCUAAAUUAUUGUAAUAUCAUUUCUUACAAUUUUAAUAAUUCAUAAUUUCGAUCAAUCUUACCUUUAUAAUUAAAAUGAAAUAAUUUAUAAUAAUGUUUGUAUGUUAUUGUUUACCUACUAUGAACAUUCAGAUAAUAUUUCUAGUUUCAAUAUAAAUUCUCAUUAUACGAAGAUAAGACAUGAAUACAUUCACAAAAAUAAUAUUUUAUUAUUACUCUUAUAAGUAUUACAUAUUUAUAAUUACAUCCUGAGAUACAUUGUUAUCAAUACUUGGAACAAUAAUUAUACCACUAUUUAGUUUACUUAGUAAUUAAUUAUCUAAGAAAGGUUGUUAUGUGGAAUUUACAAUAAAUAUUUUAUUUUAACUA